CCGAGAGAGACAGAGACCCAGGGAAACCGAAACACAGCAAGAGGGACCCCAGGCAGCGGCUGGAGAAAAGGGCUCCUGGAGUGGGCCCCCCAGACAACAGUCUGCCACCCUGACCAGGCCCAAGGAAGACUCCGCCACGAGCCUGAAGCGUCCAUUCCCCAACCACUGCCUCGGAGCCUGGAGAUGGCCCGGCGUAGCCCGGGCAAGAGCGGAGUUUCUGAGUGAUCUCGAGACCGUCGCCGAGCGGGGCGCGGAGUCGCCAGGCCCGGAGUGGGGGGCCUCCGAUGCGAGCGGUGAUCCCCUAUCCUGUUGGGCGCCGCGCCAGCGCCCCGCCCCCGGGGUCAGUGCUUCAGUCCAUCCUGCCCCGGCCGCCCCAUCCGGGGCCGCACUGAGCCAAUCAGACGUGCCAUGAGGAGCUCAGGUGCCCCAGCACUGGCCUGACCUUGGCCCCCCGGGGGGCCUGAGACCAAUAUGUGACUGCGGCUCAGGUGCAUCCUGGGGCGCAGCCUCUCCGUCCAUGUGCCUGCGCCCGGUUCCCACCACGGAGAAAUAUGAGGAGGCCGUGCUCCGGAGCCAGGGGGAGGCCUGUGGGGGCCAGCUUGUCUCUGCCGCCGCUGUUGCUGCCUCCCCUUCUUUUGCUUCUGGGAAGCUUGUGGGCUUCUGGGACCCCAGCCAUAUCAGGGCCAGAGGAAGACGACGGAGCCCUAGCCAGUGGUCGUGUAAAGCGAGGCUGGGUCUGGAACCAAUUCUUCGUGGUGGAAGAGUACACGGGUACCGAGCCCCUGUAUGUGGGCAAGAUCCAUUCUGAUUCUGAUGAAGGUGAUGGCUCUAUCAAAUACACCAUCUCUGGGGAAGGGGCCGGGACAAUCUUCCUGAUUGACGAAUUGACCGGUGACAUUCAUGCCAUGGAGCGGCUCGACCGGGAGCAGAAGACCUUCUACACGCUUCGGGCCCAGGCGCGGGAUAGGGCCACAGACCAGCUCCUGGAACCGGAGUCAGAGUUUAUCAUCAAAGUCCAGGACAUCAAUGACAGUGAACCUCGCUUCCUGCAGGGCCCCUACAUUGGCAGUGUGGCUGAGCUCUCGCCCAUAGGCACUUCAGUAAUGCAGGUGAUGGCAUCAGAUGCAGAUGACCCCACCUAUGGGAGCAGCGCACGACUGGUGUACAGUGUCCUGGAUGGCGAGCAUCACUUCACUGUGGACAACAAGACAGGUGUGAUCCGCACAGCAGUGGCUGACUUGGACCGGGAGAAACAGGAGCGUUAUGAGGUUGUGAUCCGGGCUACGGACAUGGCUGGUCAGCUGGGAGGCUUGUCGGGCUCCACUACAGUUACCAUCGUCAUUACUGAUGUCAAUGACAACCCACCCCGCUUCCCACAGAAGAUGUACCAGUUCAGCAUCGUGGAGACAGCCCCCAUUGGCACUGCUAUUGGGCGAGUGAAGGCUGAGGACUCGGAUGUGGGAGAAAACACUGACAUGACAUACCAGCUCAAGGACGAGGGCGGCGGGGACACGUUCAAGGUCACAACAGACAGCAACACCCAGGAGGCCAUCAUCACUGUGCAGAAGUGCCUGGACUUUGAGGCUCAGGCCACACACACGGUGGUGCUCGAAGCCUUGAACAAGUUUGUGGAUCCACGAUUUGUAGACCUGGGAACCUUCAGGGACCAAGCCAUUGUCCGGGUGACGGUGAUGGAUGUAGAUGAGCCUCCUGAAUUCCAGCCACCCUCUGGGCUCAUGGAAGUACAGGAAGAUGCCCAAAUCGGCUCCAUAGUUGGUGUGGUAACAGCGCUGGACCCUGAUGCUGCCAACAGGCCUGUCCGGUACGCCAUUGACCGUGACUCAGACUCGGAACAGAUCUUCAACAUCGAUGCUGACACUGGUGCCAUUGUGACAGGCAAGGGACUGGACCGGGAGACAGCAGGCUGGCACAACAUCACUGUGCUGGCCAUGGAGGCUGACAAUCACUCACAGGUAUCCAGAGCAUCCCUUCGGAUUCGGAUCCUGGAUGUGAACGACAACCCCCCAGAGCUGGCCACCCCAUAUGAGGCUGCUGUAUGUGAGGAUGCAAAGCCUGGCCAGCUCAUCCAGACCAUCAGUGUGGUGGACCGAGAUGAACCACAGGGAGGUCACCGAUUCUACUUCCGUCUGGUGCCUGAGGCUGUCAGUAACCCUCAUUUCUCUCUGCUUGAUAUCAAAGAUAACACAGCAGCCGUGCACACACAACACGUGGGUUUCAACCGUCAGGAGCAGGACGUCUUCUUCCUCCCUAUAUUGGUGGUGGACAGUGGGCCGCCCACACUUAGCAGCACAGGAACCCUCACCAUCCGUGUGUGUGGCUGUGACAGUGCCGGUGCCAUCCAGUCCUGCAACACCACAGCCUAUGUAAUGGCUGCCUCACUGAGCCCAGGAGCUCUCAUUGCUCUGCUGGUCUGCAUCCUCAUCCUGGUUGUGCUGGUCCUGCUCAUCCUCACCAAGCGCCACCACAAAAGCCACCUGAGCUCGGAGGAAGACGAGGACAUGAGGGACAACGUCAUCAAGUACAACGACGAGGGCGGUGGAGAGCAGGACACGGAGGCCUACGACAUGUCGGCACUGCGGAGCCUGUACGACUUUAGCGAGAUCAAAGGCGGGGACGGAGGAGGGGGAGGGAGUGGGGGAGGAGGGGGCAGCAGCGGCGGGGGCGGCCUCCAGUCCGGUCUGCCAUCGGAGCGCCCCUCCCUCCCGCUGCCACAAGGGGCCCCGAGCCCCGAGCUGGACUUCUCCCUCUUCAGGGACUUCAUCAGCAGGAAAGUGGCGCUGGCGGACGCGGACUUGUCUGUUCCGCCUUACGAUGCUUUCCAGACGUACGCAUUCGAGGGUGCGGACUCGCCGGCAGCCUCGCUCAGCUCCGUGCACACUCGCUCGAGCUCGGAGCAGGACUUCUCCUAUCUCAGCAGCUGGGGGCCACGUUUCCGCCCGCUGGCCGCGCUCUAUGCUGGGCACAGGGCAGACGAGGAGGCUGACGCAUCCUAGCCCGCCCUUCCCCCGGGGCUGCGUGACUAUGGCAUUGAGGCAGCCCCGAAAGACCAAAGCAUCCCCCACAACCCCACCCGCUCACCUCAGUUUCAAUCGUCUGGCCAAACUUCACUUGGAGAGCCUUGAGUUUGGGGGGUGGGGAGGGUCGGGGACCAGAAAGAGACAGGUACAGACCUGGGGCCCUUUGCCAGUCCUAUUCCUCUUCACCCUCAACUUCGUGCCCAGAGUUCGCGGGGAGCUCAGAGCGCGUGUCCCGUGGUCUCGUUCAAUCCGAUCCGUAUUAAAAGUCCCGCACUGAGAGUACCGAGUGGCUAGGGGGAGGGGAGAUCCUGGAGCUUCGAGACGGUGGCACUCAGAGUGUCAGUGAAUUUUGAAUAUGGGGUACACUUUAACCUUCAGAGGCUUGGGGAAUUGGGGGAUGAACCGUCAGGAAAUGGGACCUGGGCCAGACAUAAGGGAAGAGGUAGUUGGCCUUGUCUCUGGCAUCUCUCCAGCUCCAGGAGCAGGAUGCAGCGAAGAGGAAAUGGGGAGCCUUUCUUAUUUGAAGGACCAUUAAAUGGAAAAGGUAUUAGGUUUCAGCAUGGUGUCUGAAGGUAUAUGUAGGGGGUGGGGGUGGGGAUACAGGGCUGGAGUCCAAGAGGCAGAGGGCUGGAGGACUUCUUGUGAGGAAUAGUGUAAAGAGAAUUCCUAUUCCGACAGGCUGGGCCGAGAGACCUCUGAGUUCUCUUCCUAGCUGCGAUUAUCACUACUCUGCAUAGGGGAGAAACGCCUUUCUCCGCCUUCUCCCAACCUGAGGCCCCCGGCUCAAAGCGAACGACCCACUGAGAUGCAGUGUCCCAUAUUCAAUUCAAUAAACAAGCGUUUGUUAA